AUGCCGCUCAUUAUACAUGCUGCUAGCCAGUGCGACAUCUGCUUCUCGACCUAUGCUUGGGACGAGCCGGAUCAGGCGCCUCAUGUUAUCCCUUGCGGCCACACUUUUUGCAAAGAUUGCUUGACGAAUAUCACCAGUAUCGCAGACAGGCCGCCAACGUGCCCUUUGUGCAGGAAAGGCUUCAAGCGAGAUCCGGUCAAGUUUCGAAGGUUGCAUGCAAAUGGCCCCCCUGCAGAUGAGAUGAAACACAAUGAUUUGUUACAGAGAUUGGUCCUCGCUUGGAAACUGACGGAACCAGAUCCGGAGUUGGGCGCAGAGAUUCAACAAUUCCUCGAGGGAAAAGACGAGGACCAGGUAUAUAUAUCCGCUCUAUCGUCCAUGUUUGAUAUCUGA